CGAGUGCGCUGCGCAUGGGUGGCGUGUUCAGCUCCGGUCUGCAGCUACUGCUUCUCUUGGCAGCUAUACAAGAGUCGUUGAGCUCCUACUCGACCACAACUUCAACGACGACGGUGUCGCCAUCGAACCUGCUGCCCUACUUCGACUUCGAUGUGCCGCGCAACUUGACUGUGACGGUCGGUCAGACGGGUUUCCUGCAUUGUCGCGUCGAGCGUUUGGGCGAUAAGGAUGUCUCCUGGAUAAGAAAACGUGACCUACACAUCUUAACAGCUGGCUCAACGACCUACACGUCAGAUCAACGGUUUCAGGUUAUACGACCUGAGAAUUCGGGCAACUGGACACUACAAAUCAAAUAUCCGCAGCAGCGUGACUCUGGCAUCUACGAAUGCCAGAUCAACACGGAGCCGAAAAUGUCGCUCUCAUACACGUUCAAUGUGAUUGAGCUCAAAGCCAACAUAAUCGGGCCAACGGAUUUGUAUGUGAAAAGCGGCAGCGAUAUAAAUCUAACGUGCCGCAUCAUGCAGGGGCCGCACGAGUUGGGCAACAUAUUCUGGUACAAAGGCACAGAAAUCAUCGAUAUGUCAGCGAAUCUAAAUGAGAUCGACAGCGUGACGCGGAUUAGUGUCGACAACGAUUGGACAGAUGGAUUGACAUCAAGAUUGAAAAUACGCCGUGCCAUGCCCUCUGACACCGGCAACUAUACGUGCGUGCCAACGAUAGCGAAGUCAUCCUCGGUGUAUGUGCACGUCAUAAUAGGUGAACACCCCGCCGCCAUGCAACACAACUCGAGCAGCAUGUACAGCGGCAAUUUCUACUGCAGCAUUUGUUGCAUGCUCUUCACAAUUUUCACUUGCUGUUUGCAACACUUCCUCGCAACAACAACAGCGGCUGCAACACUACUCACGGUGGCAACCAGAGGCACCAGCAAAUGCAGCAGAAGCAACACCAGCAACAAUAACGAUGGCGACGGCUGCGGAAGCGAGUGCAAAGCCUUAACAUCAGCAGCACAGAGCACAGCUCGGGCCAACGACGUCGGCAGGUGUGUGAGUAUAGGGAGCUGCCAGAGGCGCCACUACCAAAGACACAGCCGUAGCCGCAGCCCGAGCCGCAUUAGCAUUAGCGGUGCAACCGCAAGAAGUUCGCAUGCAACACGCGCACUCAGCAAAAUUACGAGAUGAAGAUGAAGCUGAGACCGAGCACAAACAAUUAUACUGCUAUUCGCACAUACACACACAAACACACACAUACACAGCAUACACACCAACACAUGUACAGACAGCGGGUGAAAUGAAGUAGUUGACGCAACAGUUGCGCCACGCUGUAGGGUCGCACAGGCGUUGACUCGCCGCAAAUGGAAUUGGGCGCUGGGCUGGAGCAGUUGCAGGCGCUUUGCGCGGGGCGCCGACGCAUGUAGAAGGGCGUAAAUGCAUUAAAGUUAAAGCACUCACGCACUCAAGUGCCGCAACCAGCGCGGUUGAAGGUUCUUCGGCGCGCUAUGCCGCAAGAGACCAGGCGCAGCUGGUGAUUAAACGGCGAGCGCUGCGCUUGUGUGUGUGUGUGUGGGUUUGCGCGCCGCUCACCACCCUGGAACACAUUAAGCAAACACCAGCAAUUUUAACGAAUAAGCGCGAGUCUCUAGCCGCGCACUUUGCGACCUGCAUUCGAAUUACUCGUGGCGCCUCCGCCCUCCGGCCUGCGCCCAGCUGGAGUGCUAGGCGCGCUAGUGCCGCGUCAGCGUAUGACCAGUUUACUGCCGACUUGAGCGUGACUUCGCGCCGCGUUGCCACAUUUUUCUCAUUGAACGCACACGCUCGCUGUACGGCCAUUUGGGUUAGAAAUUUUUACGAAAUUACUUUUACUUUCCUACACGCGCACCCACACACACGCACACCCACACUAAUGGAAAACGUACUACUGACAAACUGAUAAGUUAAGCUGUGGAUGAAUAUAACACACACAUAAACGCACGCAACCUUAGAAAUACAUGCAUAGAUAUAUUAAGAGAUUUCCAGAAAUUAAAUAACUGUAGUGAAAUAUAAGACAAACACUUGUAGUGAAAAUAAUAAUUAUAACAAAACAAGAAGAGAGGUAAAACAAAAAUCAUAGCGAAUAAGCCAUCAACUGUAACUGA